AUGGCGCCAACUAGGCGAAGCACAAAGCCGGAUGCGACUCCGACUAGCAAAACGGAAGAGAAAGCUGCGGAAGCGAAUGCUGCUGUGAUUGCAGAGGAGGAGGAGGAGGAGGAGGCCGCAGCCGAGGUCGUCGAGUCCACGGAGGGCAAGCUUCCCUUUGCGGUGCAGUUCCCCUUGAUCAUCGCGCUGAACUUUGCCUUAUCUAGCCUUGGUCGCAUGGUUAUUUCGCAGGUGUCAAACGGGGAACUGGAGUUGUUGACCCGAACCCAGGAUACACGGGGAGAGGUAGCACUCGUGGCGGGAUGGAGAAUGUUCGAGUUGGCAGUGGGAUGGUUUGGCAAGCUGGAUAGUCUCGAAGCAGGCGCUGCGAGUAUUCUGGCUCACGGUCCAACGUUCUAUUUGCUCGCGGCGUUCUACAACCUCACUCCUACGACGGCGUUGUCCGCAUUGGCCGUUGAUGUGCUCUCUGUCGCGCUGCCAUUCUACCUAGUCCGCCCUCUGUCUUCAACCUAUGGGUCGCCGACGAGAGCGGAUCGCGACGUUUUAGAUAUUCCCAUGCAGCUACUGACCACCAUUCUAUCUACGGGUAUCUACACCGUCACGCUCGUUCUGUCACUACGUUUCUUGAUGCCUCGAAUUCUCGUCGUUUACUUCAGCGGCCUCCCCAGCCUCGAGCCCGCCUACUCUGCUUCGUAUACAGACGUUCUCCCCGUUACCGUUUUGUUCGGCCUUGCAGCCAGCACGUUCAUCUUUGCACCGUUUGCCAAGACCGGCAAGGCCGAGGAAGAUGCCAAGAUUGAGCAGUUCGAUCCUGUGAGCGCAUCGCUUGGCCAGACUGUUUGCUGGAACUUUUGGGGAUACACGGCCAAAACCAAAGUCGUUAUUCGACGAACGGCGGCUGCUGUGCUUUUGUCAACUGUUGGCACUUAUCUCGCUUGCACCAAGACCAUGUACGGCAUUGAAUCGACUGGUGCUGCUGCGUAUGCCAGUCUUUGGGCUGUAGCUGCGUUGUUUGCCGGCGUUGGACUGGGUCUUGUAGGCGGCGACUAG